AUGAAUUUAAUGACUAUUUCCCAAUCAUUGGAUGAAGCUUACAACAAGCAUUCCAUUAUUCCCGAUGUUGUCGACAAGUUUGAUACACAAGGUUUGCUCACCAUUGAGUACUCUAAAGACCACCAUGUCACCUUGGGCAACACUUUGAAGGUAGCUGACACCCAGCACAUCCCCACCAUACAGUUCACCUUGAACUCCCCUAACCAGGAGAAGGAAUUGCAAGUGAACAGUGACGACAAGUUCACCUUGGUCUUGACUGAUCCAGAUGCACCAACCAGAGGUGACAAGAAGUGGUCCGAAUACGCCCACUGGCUCGUCACAGACUUGCCUUUGAACACCAACAAUGCUGACUCGGAGGAAUCCUUGUCGACAAUCUUGGACAUCAGCAAGGGUAAUGAGCUUUUGAGCUACGUCGGCCCAGCUCCUCCAGAGAAGACCGGAAAGCACAGGUAUGUUUUCUUGUUGUACAAGCAGGACCCCAAGGCCAACUUGGUUACUCCACCAGACAGACCCACUUGGGGUACUGAGCUGCCUGGCUCGGGAGUCAGAGACUAUUUCAAGAAGCACGGCGGCAGCUCUCAAUUGUUGGCCGUAAACUUCUUCUUUGCUCAAAACGAAGUCCAGGAGUAG